AUGGAAAGUGAAGAAUAUUUGGUACAAAGUGAUUCUGAUUCAGACGGUAAAACGUUAGAAAAAGUUAAAGAUUACCUUGAAAACUCACACUCAAAUGUCUCGGCUGGUCCCUCAUUUUCUGCGGUGAAGGUCCCCGGUUUUGAGGGUGAUUAUUUGUCUGAUUCUUCUGUAGAAGAAACUAUUCACAUUCCCCCUCUUGAACCAACAUAUAUUGGCAAAGGUAAACAGCGAGCUGAUCCUGUAGAUGAAGCAUUAUACGAUCGUGGGCACGCGACUUCGAAGGGUCAAGGCGAAAAUCCUCCUCGGCAACAGGAAAGCAUGGAAGUAGACAUUCCGUUGAAUCAAGAUAACGGCUUGACGCUGGAUGAUAAGGCUAUAAUGAGUCGUUGUUUGUCAAUCUUUUCAUCAAUAUCACCUAAUUAUCCAAAUUGGGGUGCGGAUGAAAUCAUGGUACCAUGUCCGUUAUCUGGAACUCAGCAAGAAUCAAUUGCGAAUGUGCUUACGGAUGUUAACUUAUCCUAUCAUAUGGGUAAGGCACCUGCCAAUGAGAAGUCAAGAGAAAAAUCCCCUUUUCGCGUGGCCAUUGAUGAUUAUCUUCAAAUAAUUAACAAUACAAUAUUGGAAAGGAAAGAGAGUUCAUCGAAAUUUUAUUCCAACAAUCAAAGUCAUAAGAUCGCAAUCGGCAACGGCAAAAUAAAGAUGCUUGAGACUUUAUUGCCAAUUCUAAGAAAAUUUCCUAUAAAGAUCGGCAUUGCAUCCUCAAUGAUGGACACUAUAAUACUAGUUAUGGAUAGAUGUAAUCAAAGAUAUGGUAUAAUCAAUGAUAGAAGCAACAAAUAUCACAAUAACCUAUACGACGAACAGGAGCACACAAACAAGAAAGAGUCGUUCUGCAUACUUUUCUCGACAGAUUUUAUAAACUUCUGUCCUAACGUUAUGCCCAAAUUGGACCUCAUCGUCGCACAUGACACAUCAUUCGAUCCCAGUAUGAGCCUCCAUUUUUCCAUGCAAAACCUACAAACUCCAAUUCUUCGACUUGUUACUGUCGAUUCGAUGGAACAAAUAAUUGCUUAUGGAUUAAUCAACAAAGUUUCCUACUUGGAUAAUUUUUCGUUUGAAAAACUCUCAAAGAUUUUUUUCUUUGGAGUAAAUAGGAAAAAUUUCGAAAUGACUGUUGGUGUUUACUGGAGGGAUUACAAAUUCACCGAGAUUUGUGAAAAGAUUGCAAAUCACGUAAAAAUUGGGAAAUUGAAUGACCUAUCGUUCGGAAUGGAGGAUAGUGCCGAAAGGUGGAUUGAAAAGAGUGGCUAUAGAGGAAAAGAUUGGUCCAGUAGUAGCGUACCGAGCGUCUACAGAAAUUUCGACAUAGAAUCCUACGAACUUUCUAAGGAUAUUUCUGAUUUAUCGAUCGAUCAUCCUACGCCGAAAGUUAAUGGUUCGACAAGUAAAGUUUCUAAGAAGGAAAAGAAUUCAAAACGGCAGGCAGAAUCACAAUUAACCUCUGAUCCAAAGAAAAUGCGACUUGACAAAGUGACCGAGAAAAAUCCAGAAUCAAUAGAUACCAACGUUUCAGAAGGGUUGACAACAUUGAAAAAGGAAUUGACCGAAGUACUGCGUUCACAAUUGAAUGCCGCCAAUCAGAAGCUGUCGUCCGCUAGGGCUGAAAUAAUAAAUCUGCAACAAAAACUAGAACGUGCAAAUAGUGACGAGCUUUCCAGAUUACGGGAACAAGUAGUAACAUUGCAGGAUCGGUGUGAACGAGAACUAGCAGACAGAAAAAAAGAGAUUCUCAGUAAGCAAAAGGAGAUCGAUCGGCUAAAGACAGAGUGUGAAAAAUUGAAAGAGGAUAAAAAGAAUCUGGAGGAACAGACAACUAGCCUAAAUGUCCUUAACGGAAAGGUUGCCUUAGAUGCCAAAAAAUCUAAGGAUGAAGCCGACACAAAAUUAAAAAUAUAUGAAGUAGAAAGGAAUCGUAUGGAACAAUUAAACAUACAACAGUCUCAAACUAUCACAAUAUUAAAUGGUCGUGUGGAUGAAUUAAAUAAUCAACUGUUUCAACUGAACAGUCAACUGUCAGUUCAAGGCGAACAUAUGAAAAUGAUUAAUGAUGAAAAGGCUCGUUUGGCACAGCUUACUAUCCAACAAACACAAGAAAUUGGUCGGUUGAAAUCCCUUAAUAAUGAAAACAAUCGAUUGAGUAGGCUGCCCAGGAACCUAGGAUAA